AUGGACACUAGCAAAACUACCCCCAAGGCCGAGGAAUUUGACUGUUCCGGCUGUAAACGGCCCAACAGCUACGACGACAUGGUAGCUUGCGACGAAUGCGAGAAAUGGUGGCAUUACGCCUGCGCGGGGGUGACGUCAUCUAUUCAGGAUCGCCGCUGGAGUUGUUCAAAAUGCCUACCAGCUCCCGAAAAAUCAACCUCCACUACUUCGUCGGCACGCCGCGCGCGGCUGCAGCUGGAUCUGCAACAUUUAGCUGAGCAACAACAAUUGCAACGAAAACAACUAGACCUUGACCUGGAGAAACAGUUUGCACAAAAAAAAUACCAGCUUGAAGCAGCUGCUCUCGAAGAGGAAGAAGCAGACAAUCGCAGUGUUAGAAGUCGCAUAAUCGAGAUUGAGUCUCGGGAUCAGAGAAAGCAUACUAGUGAGUGGGUAGAAAAAACGAUUACCCCUCAGGUAGUAGUGUCCAGUUUGCCGACUAAAAAUCCGCUGGACCAGACCAGUUCAACCGAACAGUGCCACGAUAGGAGAGAAUCGGUUGCCGCUAACGGUGUUUCGGAAAAUAUACCUGCUGCUAACUCGAUCCAGAAUGUCAGCCAGACAAAUGGAAAUCCUGAAUCCCUUCACGAUCUCAAACAACGGUUUGAGGCCGUUACACUGUCAGAUCUCCCAUUGGAACAAUUACAAGAGCUCGAGCGGCAGCUCCAACGUUGCAUGAAGCAAUACACAAAGUCGAAGUCAGAACUUCAAUCUCAUCAAACCUCGAACCACCCACACGCACCCUCAGCGAUCGUAGACAAUCAACCGCAAGCUGGCCACUCGAGCCGUGCAACCGUGCCUAUGCCACCACGGAAUACGUCUGGUCCGGACCCUGAAGCUACUCGAAAAGAAAUUAGAGAGCAAGCAGCUAAUUUGACUUCGUAUAUCUACCCUGAUCGUGGAUUUAAUCCACCUACCAUGCAAAUGAAUACGAUGAGUAGACCUCCGAUUGAUUUAAAUUUGCCAAUCAAGCGCACCAUACAACCGCAGAUCGAUGCUGAAAAUCACCGCCCUGCGGAACAACUUUUCCAACCUGGCCACCGGUUACUCAUCCCCUCUCAGGAACAGAUAGCGGCGAGACAAGUUAUGCCCCGCGAUCUGCCAGACUUCUCGGGGGACCCGGAGGAAUGGCCUCUGUUCUAUAACAGCUAUGAGAAUUCGACGGCCGCUUGUGGAUACACAGUUACAGAGAACUUGGCACGACUACAACGAUGCCUUAAAGGAAAUGCCUUGAAGUCCGUAAGAUACUACCUGCUGGCACCGGAGAAUGUGCCGGAGGUGAUGAGAACUUUACAAACCCUGUACGGGCGCCCCGAAAUCAUUAUCAAUAAGCUGAUAAAAAACGUGCGGGAGUGUCCUACUCCGAAGACUGAAAAACUUGAAACUCUAAAGGAAUUUGGCAUAACCGUUAGAAAUCUUACCCAACACCUCAUCGCAACAGGACAGCGAGCUCACCUUUCAAAUCCUAUGUUGCUCCAUGAGGUUGUUGAGAAGCUUCCUUCCAGCUUUAAGAUGCAGUGGGCAGGAAAACUAAUUGCGUGUCCCAAUGCUGACUUGGGAGCGUUCAGUGAUUUUAUGUCACACGUGAUAGAAUCCGUUAGCAAAGUGUGCUCGUACGUAGAGCCACCUCCAAUCAGGGUUGAUCGACAUAAAAAUAAAGAAAAGGAAUAUUUCAAUGCCCACGUUGAGACUAGAGACGAAGAAGGAAAUAGGGUGACGACAGCAGAUAAAAGGCAGUGUCUCAUUUGUGCGAAAGAGCACCGGAUUCAGGAUUGUUUCGAGUUCAAAGAUAGUGACAUCGAGAGCCGCUGGAAGUUCGUGCGCACACUAAAGCUAUGCCGAUCAUGCCUGAAUCCUCAUGGUCGUCGACCUUGUCGAAAGACCAACCGAUGUGGGGUUGACGGGUGCCAAUUUCGGCAUCAUCCAAUGCUACAUUCGUCGUACCCAUUUAGUAGCACGUCUGUUAACAAUGCGAAUCUGACGUACCACCAUUGCGGACAAUCGGUUCUGUACCGAAUCGUACCGGUGACAGUGUACGGGGUCUCUUGUUCCCUCAACACUUUUGCUUUUCUGGAUGAAGGUUCAUCGACGACCUUAGUUGAGUCUUGUCUCGCUAAACAGCUCGGGUUGAAGGGUCCACAGAUACCUCUCUGCUUACAGUGGACCGCCAACAUGUCACGAGUCGAAAAUAUGUCGCAGGUUAUUUCGGUGGAACUCUCCGGGGUCGGGAAAAAGACUCGGUAUACCUUAGAAAACGUACGGACGGUGGAUCAUCUAAACCUUCCACAGCAGACGUUAAGGAUUGAACCUCUGCGAAACCAGUUUCAACAUCUGACAGGCUUACCAGUACAAAGCUAUGAAAAUGCUGUGCCACAGAUAUUGAUCGGGCUCCACGAUCUGUCUUUGGCUGUCCCACUGAAGGUCAGGGAAGGCAAUAGAGGACCCAUAGCUGCCAAGACACGCUUGGGGUGGUGCAUUAACGGCCAUCUAGUCGACGGUCCAAGCGUUGAGCGCCUGAAUUACCACGAGUGCGACUGUUCAGCCAUCGUAAAGCUGGACACUAUAGUACGUGACUACUUCAACCAGGAGGACACCGGUGUGACGCAUAAGCCGCUGGAAUCCGCAGAAAAUCAACGAGCCAGGGAUUUGCUUCGGCGAACGACGUGUAAAAUGGACGGCAGAUUCAGCACAGGCUUACUCUGGAAAUACGACCACUUCGAGCUUCCAGACAGUUACGGAAUGGCAUUUCGACGGCUCGAAUGCAUGGAGAGACGCAUGAAGCGCGACCCUGCGUUAGGAGGAAGCGUUCAUCGACAGUUGCGCGAAUAUCAAGAAAAGGGGUAUGCUCAUCGCGCCACGCAAGAGGAGUUGGAAUCAGCAGACCCUCGCCGAACCUGGUACCUUCCUUUAGGGGCCAUCACAAAUCCCAGGAAACCGGGAAAGGUACGGCUGAUUUGGGACGCUGCUGCCGUGGUCGACGGUGUAUCAUUGAACACAUUUCUGCUGCCCGGGCCAGAUAUGCUAACUCCUUUGCCGUCGGUACUUUUCCGAUUCCGACAGUUUUCGUUUGCCGUGUCAAGCGACAUUGCUGAAAUGUUCCAUCAGAUUAAAGUAAUAGAAUCUGACCGCCAUGCGCAGCGAUUUUUGUGGCGUGAUAAUCCUGAGGAUCCACCACAAAUUUUUCUAAUGGAUGUGCUGACUUUCGGUGCAACUAGCUCACCGACAUCCGCGCAGUACACAAAAAAUAGAAACGCAGAAGAAUGUGCGGAACGACACCCAAGAGCGGCGGAUGGUAUCUUGAGGAGCCACUAUGUCGACAACUUUCUUGACAGCUUCGUGACGGUCGACGAAGCGAAAUCGGUUUCCAGUGAAGUGCGCUGGAUUCAUGCUAAGGGCGGAUUCUUUAUUCGCGACUGGGUUUCCAACAGCCAGGAAGUCAUCAGUUUCUUGGGCGAGGAACCGAAGGCUGAAACACGAGACCUUAUCCAGACUAAAGGCGCCGACGCUGAGCGUGUGCUGGGCAUGCUUUGGCAUCAUAAGAGUGACGCAUUAACCUUUUCCGUUUCGUUUAGCGAGGAAAUACAAUUUCUUUUAGACACUGGUGCACGGCCUACUAAGAGACAAGUCUUGAAAUGCAUCAUGUCUCUGUUCGACCCACUGGGGCUACUGACUAACUUUUUGAUCCACGGUAAGAUUCUCAUGCAAGAAGUCUGGAAAACCGGUAUAAAAUGGGAUGACCGCAUCGACGAACGACUUUUCGAACUAUGGAAGAGGUGGACGAAUUUGUUUGAUAAUGUGCACGACAUCCAGAUCCCAAGAUGUUACUUUUCAGAGGCGAACCAAUCUCUCUACGAUUCCGUAGAGGCACACGUAUUCUGCGAUGCGAGCGAAGAGGCGUAUUCAGCAGUAGUCUACUUCCGCGUUAUUAGACCCGAUGGAACACCACAGUGCGCAUUGGUGGCGGCUAAGGCAAAGGUGGCGCCAUUAAAAUACGUUUCCAUCCCUCGCUUAGAAUUAAUGGCUGCUGUUUUAGGUGUUCGUCUGCUCUCAUUCAUUAUCGAUGGUCAUACAAUACCGAUCACGAACAGAUAUCUCUGGUCCGAUUCGAACACAGUAUUGGCGUGGAUUCAUUCGAAGCACCGAAGGUACAGGCAAUUCGUUGCUUGUCGCGUUGGUGAGAUAUUAACGUCAACCAGUGAAAGUGAGUGGUUCUGGGUACCGAGUGCAAUGAACGUGGCAGAUGAGGCAACGAAAUGGACCAAAGGACUCCAAUUUGAUUCAUCCAGCCGAUGGUACCAAGGUCCAGAGUUUCUCCACCUGGGUAAAGAUCAAUGGCCUACUCCUAAGCAUCCUAUGCCAACCACCGAUGAGGAAGUGCGGCCGUGCUAUCUUCACCAAAUGACCGGAUACACUCCAUUGGUGGUAUAUGACCGUUUCUCUCGAUGGAGUCGCAUGGUGAGAGCCAUGGCCUACGUCACGAAAUACCUUCACUUACGCAAACGUGGAACAGGCAGCCGAGUUUUGACGCAGGAAGAACUCCGAGGUGCAGAGAUCACGAUUUGGAGGCAAGUUCAGGCUGAAACCUAUCCGGAUGAAGUGGCGGUCCUACAGAAGAAAAAACAUCUACCGCCAGGGGAGUUAUUGUCAAUACCAAAGUCCAGCACUCUCUAUAAGUUGACUCCAGUUUUAGACGACGAAGGAGUUCUGCGUAUUGACGGUCGCAUUGGGGUCGCAAAACAAAUCGCGGAUCAGGUAAAGUAUCCGGUGAUACUUCCAAAGGGUCAUAGAGUGUCAUUUCUGAUUAUCGACGAUUACCAUCGCAAAUAUCUCCACGGAAAUUCCGAAACCAUUGUCAACGAAAUACGACAGCAGUAUUACAUACCCCAGCUGCGUGUACUCGUCAGAAAAGUGGCGCGGCAUUGUCAGUGGUGUAAGGUAUAUAAAUCCCACCCAGUUACACCGAAGAUGGCACCACUUCCCGUUGCACGGCUUUCACCUUUCGUUCGACCCUUCAGUUAUACCGGAUUGAACUAUUUCGGUCCAGUACCAGUGAAAGUUCUGCGUUCAACCGUUAAACGAUACAUCGCUUUAUUCACUUGUCUAACGAUUAGGGCGGUACAUGUCGAAGUGGCUCAUGACCUUUCUACAGAGUCGUGCAUCGAAGCCGUUCGUCGUUUCGUGUGUCGGCGAGGAGCACCACUUGAGAUCCACUCCGAUAACGGUCGGAAUUUCUGCGGAGCAAAUAACGUGCUAAGAGAGCAAAUCAAACGUGCGGAAACGGCAGCAGCAUCAACCUUCACCAAUGCAUUCACAAAAUGGGUGUUCAUCCCGCCGUCGGCCCCCAGUAUGGGGGGCAGCUGGGAGCGUAUGGUUCGUUCCGUGAAGGUGGCGAAGGCCGGUUUGACACAAAACAGAAAGCUAGGUGACGAAGGCCUUCUAACGCUCGUAAUAGAAGCCGAAUCUAUCGUGAACAGCAGACCGUUGACCUACCUGCCAUUGGAUUCGGCAGAGCAGGAUGCGUUGACACCGAACCAUUUCCUACUCGGCAGCAGUAAUGGUGUCAAACAACCACCGUCUACAUAUCGAAUGAAGUAA